UCGCCAGCCAAUGAGCGGGCGCAGCGCCUGCGCGCGUGGCGUUCGAACGGGCGGGGCGCGCUGCGCGUGCGCGGGACGGCAUGAACGGUGCGGGACGGCGCGAGCCGCGCACUCAGGAGCUGCCGCUGCCGCCCGUUGCCGCAUCGCGGGCGGGCUACAGGAGCCUCAAGCUCCGGCUGAAGAAAUGGGGGGACCCGGAGCUCCAAGAGCAGGAUGGGAAACGAGCCAUGGACCGGGAGCAGGGACACGGAGUGUGGAUCCUGCGGGACUGGGGCUCACAGCGCGCCCAGGGGUGGCCUCCUGCAGAGGACCUGGGGGUGCCCCGGCGCUCCCUGUCCUUCCUGACCGAGGAUGCCACCGAAGGCAGCAUCUGCACUGGGCUCCCCAAGGCUGGGUCCCUGCUGCAGGAGCCGGGGGGCUGCAGUGGUUUGGGGGGGCCCCUCCCGUCCCUCUCCAUCCCUUCCCUUGGCCCAUGGCCCCAGGGGGACCCCGGGGGCUCAGCUCUCCCCCCGCACCCCCUCGCCUCCAGCACGCUGCUCUCGGAUGGGGAUGAGCUCAGGGAGGGACCCCGGAGCAGGACCAUGGUGGGAGGUUUAGGGGGUGCCCCCCGGGUUCUCCCCCAGCCCUGCACUGGGGUUGGUCCUGGUCCCUGUCCCCGGCAGGCGUUUGGUCCCAGUGGGUCCCUGCACGAGCCCCAGCAUUGCAGCAGGGUCUGGGGGGCAGGCAGGGCACCCCCUGAGGCUCCUGGGGACGGUGACAGCCUUGGGGACAGCAGCGGUGACAGCGAGUGCUUUGUUAGUGCCCUGGAGACCCUGGGGGCUCGGUGCUGCUGCUCCUCGGGGCAGGAGCUGGGUGAAGCCCCUUCCCCAACUGCAGCUGGUGCCACGGAGCUGCCCCCCCCCCGGCAGCCCCCCAACCCCAGAGCGGGUGGAGGGUGGAGGUUUUGGGGGGGCCUCAAGGGCAGCCCCUCGCUGUGAGGAUGGUUCUGACACGGGUGAUGUAGGGGAGCUCCUCACCCAGCUCCAAGGGUGCAGCCUCCAGGGAUCCCCCCCCUGCACCCCAGGGCCCCUUCCCAGGCUCGUCACUGGGCAUGUCACCCCGCAGGAGCCCCCCAUGUACCACCAUGUCACCCCCAGGACCAAGAGCCGCCUCCUGGCCUCUGCAGAGCGGUUCGGUGCCUCCUCUUCCUCCUCCCUUUUCGAUGACACAUUGGAGAUGCCACGGAGACCCCCCAGGGUCAGAGCACCCCGAGGUGUCCCCAGGGACCCUGCCACCACCUCAGGGUGCUGUGUCACCCUGCAGGGCACAGAUGUGUGCAGCGGGGACAGAGAGGAGACAGGCUCUCUGGGUGACACUGUGCUCCUCCCCGGAGCCCCCAGCAGCUCCCCUGGCUCCAGCCCCACGGUGCUGCUGGUCCCUGGGGACCACGGGCACCCCCAGUCCCCCCCAUUAGAUGCUCAGGGCUCUCCUGGCUCCAGCCCCACAGUGCUGUUGGUCCCUGGGGACCACAAGCACCCCCAGUCCCUCCCAUUAGAUGCUCAGGGCUCUCCUGGCUCCAGCCCCACAGUGCUGCUGGUCCCUGGGGACCACAAGCACUCCCAGUCCUCCCCAUUGGGUGCUCAGGGCUCCCUUGGCUCCAGCCCCACGGUGCUGUUGGUCCCUGGGGACCCCCAGUGCCUCCCAUCAGAUGCUCAGGGCUCCCCCUGUACCGCCUCCAGGGUGCUGGAGGGUGGCUCUGGGUGCCAGGACCCUUUGCCCUUUGGGACACUGCAGCCCCUGUGGCUCCACAGGCGCUUCUGCCGCCUCCUGGCGCCGCGGCCGCCGGGGGCCCUGGCCGUGCCCCCCAGCACCCAGGAGCACCUCGAGGGCGAGGAGCGGGGCCGGGCACUCACCGAGCGCCACAGCCCCGGCCAUGGGGACACAGCGCCGCCGCGGCCCCUCUCGGAUGAAGGUCUGCGCCGGCGGCUGCGGGCGCUGGGGGAUGAGCCGGGGCCCGUCACGGCGCUCACCAGGCGGCUCUACCUGCGGCGGCUGGAGGAGCUGCUGAGGACACACCGGGACAGGCCAGAGGGACACAGCCCCGAGCUGGCGGCCGCGCUGCAGAGCGGCCUCAUCCCCGACUGCGCCCAGGACGAGCUGCUGCUGAGGCAGGAGUUCGACCGCCCCGACCGCAGCCGGCACUGGCGGGAAGGGCUGGUCAAGUCCAGCUUCAACUACCUCCUCCUGGACCCCAGGACCACUCAGGACCUGCCGCUCCGCUCGCACCGCCUGAGCCCGGCCGAGUGCUUCAGGACCUUCGUCCAGGCCAUCUUCUACGUGGGCAAGGGGUCACGCGCCCGGCCCUACUGCCACCUCGCCGAGGCGCUGGGCCGGCACCGCGCUGGCACGCAGAAGGGCUGCCCCAAGGUGCGGCGCAUCCUGGAGAUCUGGGCGAGCGGGCACGGCGUGGUCUCUGUGCACUGCUUCCAGAGCACGGUCCCGGCUGAGGCUUACACACGGGAAGGCUGCUUGGUGGAGGCUCUGGGUGGGGCUGCAGACCAUCACCAACCAGAGGAAGGGGCUGUGCUAUGGCACGGUGGCACACUGGCCGGCAGCGCGGCGCCGGCGCCUCGGCGUUCACCUGCUGCACAGGGCCAUGAGCAUCUUCCUGGCCGAGGGCGAGCGGCAGCUCCGGCCAGUGGACAUCCAGGGUGGGCGCUGAGCACCCUGGGGUGCUGUGCUGGGGGGUACCCCAUCCCUGCACCUCCCCUCUUGCCCUGUCGCAGGAGGUGGCCGCGCGCUGGGUGCGGGUUUUGUGUCGUGAGCACUGGUGCGAGUUUCUCUCUUUCUCUCCAAGGGGAUAAAUAAAUCACUGCAGGUCUUUUAUUUUG